AUGGUGUUUCGAAAUUGCGCCUUUGACCGUCGAGACUACGGUUCAGAAAAACAUUUGAAAGAUUUGGAUCCUACUCAGCCUGUAGCUUCAACAGCGCUUCAAGCAAGAGUAACAAAAGAAUGGCAAUCAAACGCCACCUUGAAACAUUUCUUCUUUAACAUGGUGUUGAAUAAUUCUGUUGUUGUGAACAAAACUCCACAUCAUGAUGAAUUAGAAGUCGGCUUUUUUGAACAUGGAAUCUAUAACAUUGGUAAUUCUUCAUUCUAUGAUAUCACCCAAGAUCAAUUCAAAGAAAUGGUUGCAAAGAUCUUAUACGCCCAUCUCUCUUGCUUCCGAGAAGGAAUUACCCACUCCUAUAUCGUUAACUGCAACUCCUGCGCCGACAAGAGCGUCAUCUUUCACAAAGUUUGUCCGAAGAAAUAUUAUAUCGCCCAUUACAGAUUUAUUAGAAUAGUGUUCCCAAUCAGGAUUCCAUAUGCUUCGAUCCGUAAACGCCAUGAGACUCUCAAACAAAAGGAAGAAUUUUGCCCGUAUGAAGCUGAAAGUCCGGAUGAGUUGGCAAUAAUCAUGGGUAAGUAACU